UCUCUCCUAGCGCCCCGCCCCAUCUUGCUAUGCAGCACCUUGACCUUCUGUCCACCUCCCUCUUCUUUAUAGCUCCUCGGAGUGGGGGAAAUUCUUGUGGACCCCACGGAGGCCUGGGGGUGGGGAUAGAGCACGGUGAUGGUGAUGGAGACUGGCCCCAGGAUUGGGAGGGGGAUGAGUGGAGCUGGAAAAUAACGCCCAGGAGCCUGAGCGGCGCAGCCCCGCACCCUGCAAAACCCAGCAGUCUGGAAAAGCUGGGUUUGGAUUCUCCCCUCUUUAAAGAGUUCUCAGGAAGUUUGGGGGGAGGGGCGAGUCACGCUCUCCUGUCCUACCGGCAUCGGUCGCGGAAGGGUGAGGAGGGAAGAGAGCAGCAUCAGGUCUCAGUGCUGUCAAGUCCCUACCCAUCAGCGGGCUCUGGGCGCUUCUAGCAGGGUCCGCAGGGUUCAGGCGAGGUGCCCCGGGCCAAGCGCAAGGGCAGGCAUGGAGGGACUGGUCCUGCUCAACGACCUUGUCACCAGGCUGCUGUUUGUGCUGCACUCCCUGGUCGGGGUCUGGCGAGUGACGGAGGUGAUGGGAGAUCCACGGUACUGGCUGCUGGCGCUGCUCAACCUCUUGCUCUUCCUGGAGACUGUGCUUACCGUCAAGUUCAAGCGUGGCAGAGGAUACAACUGGUUUUCACCAGCUAUAUUUUUAUAUCUGAUUAACAUCGUUCCGUCAUUAUGGCUCCUUGAAAUGCAUCAUGGGACCCAGGUACUUCCUUUUGGAAAUUGGAAUAUCCAGAGGCAAACUGCUUUCACAGCCAUCACUCGAGACGAGCUCUCGGAACUUCUCCUUAUGUUUGUGGGAACAGCUGCUGACAUACUGGAAUUUACCAGUGAGACUCUGGGAUUAAAUAAUGUGAGGAAUAACCCUAAGCUAGUCUGUAUCAUCCUUGCUUUAUGGACAUGGAGUAUGUUGCAGUUUCCACUGGACCUGGCAGUACAUCACAUCGAGUGCCCCUUGGCUGUGACAAGGCGGGGAUACAUCAAGCAGUUCUUCUGCCAGUGCAGUUCCUCUUUGUGGAACAUCGGAAUCACCCUCUUCAUACAAGAUGGCCCGUUCCUUGUGGUGAGGCUCAUACUGAUCACCUAUUUUAAAGUGAUCAAUCAAAUGCUGGUGUUCUUCGCAGUGAAGAAUUUCCUCGUGGUGGUGUUGCACCUCUACCGCCUGGUGGUGUUGGUCUUGGGAUUCCAUGCUUCCCUGAGGCACCCAUCAGAGGGCCCCAAGGCAGAGCACAGAUACCAGGCUCAACCCUCUGAGUCAAAGGAGGGCCUGUCCAUUCCUUUGCGGGCCUCCCCAGUCACCUCGGAGGACUCCCAUCUGACACCAUAGUGAUUUCUUCUCUGCAGCAAGCAGCUACAGAUUUUGACUUUUGUUUUCUUCUUACAGACGUGUACACCUUCUUCUUUUCCCCCAGUCUUUGCAUAUGGUAAUUUUCAAAGAAACAACAUGAAUAUAGUUAAGUGAUCUUAAGUCAAAGCAGAAGAAUUUUCUCUCUUUUUUUUUUUUGAUGGAAUGGAAGGAGCAUUUGAUUAGUGGCUAUGGCUACAACCUCCUUGUGAUGGUAUCUGAUGUGAUAGUUGUUCAAUAGCUAAGUGAUUUGUUUGUGUUGAACUGUUUCAAAAGCUAUGGACAGGGUUGCCGUGACAUGCCCUGGAAAGAUUUAGUGCAGACAAACUGUCGCAGCUGUUACCUGAAAAUAUAGAAGCUUUGAACUUUGGCUGCAUUGUCAGACUAUCUCGUCUAAUCUUUUCUGCAAUGUCCCUCUGACAUCAAAAAAUGUACAUUCAGUGAAUGCAGAACAAAUGAGGGAAAAGUGCCUUUAAAAUUACCUCAUUGUGAGCUGGAAGCAGAGAAAAUCUCUGCCCAGCUUCCAUAUCAUACAGAGCCGUAUUCAUCGCUACACAGGCCUUCCCACGAAAAUCAUUUUUCUGGGCUGAUGUGGUAUUCUGUCAUGGCACAUAUGGUCUUACAGAAAUUUUAUUGCUUUUGGCUUGGGUACUACAAAAUUCACAGCAAGCCAUUUCGGUUACGUAUCUACUGGUUGCAAAGCAGGAAAUACCGGUAAAAUGCUAGAAUAGUCACAAUUUCCACUCUGAAUACGAUUUGCAGUAUUCAUCAGUGUUUUUCUGAAGCCACUUUACCGUUUUCUGUAUUGCCAAGUCGCAUCAUGUGAGCUGAACCAGGACAGCUCAGGAGCCAUGAAUAAAGGUGUUUUGGGUCCUUAAGUGUUACCAUGGUUUCUGGUGUCUGUCAGCAGCAGCAAACAUAGCUGCAGCUCCUUGAAUGGCCACCACUGAAACUGACUUGGGCUUUGGUCUCCAGAAUGUGAGGAUGGAGGGUUACAUCAGCCCCAUCCACUGCCCUUGAUGGAUGCUGGUGUCAGUAGCAACUUACCAUCGCAUCCUGGGAAUCAGGAAAUGCGGUUCAUUUGCUCACACUGGGACUUCGUUUUUCCACUAUUGAAAUAGCCAUUCUUUCCCUUUAUACAUCUCUGGACUCUGUAUGAUCCUUUUAAAGUGAUUGUUGUAUUUAAAGAUAGAGUGUAAAAAUUUACUUGCUCAUAUAGCAAUAAUUAUUUGAGGCAAACAAUUCCAAAACGGUUCUUUGAGGGUUCAAAGAAUAAGUCUUCCUAUAUUAGUAUGCUCAGAAAUUCAAAGGGACAUUUAAGGCAGGGUAUGCCCUUGAUUGGGUGCAGCCUGUUGACAACUGUUUGGGACAAUUUUAUAUACAAAUCUAAGUGUGACAUGAUAUCCAUUUAAAUAAUUAGAUAAAAAAGUUUUAGAGACAUAUACUGGUUUUAUGCAGAGCAAUGUAUAUUUUCCAAUAAAUUCUAUUUCUUUUCUUCCUUGUGCUUCCAUUUUUAACAUGAUUAUAAAAUUACAGAUGAAUUGAACAGAAUACAUUUAUAAUUUUGCACAAUAAUUUUAUACAAGAUCAGGAAAUUAUAUUUAUAUGAAAUACAGAACUUGACAACUUUUAAGGGCAUGUUAUUUAAAUUGCUUAGCAAUGGAAAGCAAAAUAAUAACUGCUAUUUAUAAAAAUGCCUCAGCAGAAUCUGUUUUUGUGUUGACUAUUUUAUGUUGAAUACUUUCUUCCACAACAUGUAUGUGCUGCUUAUUAUUGCAGAUUUGCCCAUGGCAUACUUUUCAUGUUUUAAUUUUUUUUUAUUCCAGCAAAACAAACAUUGAGCCUCUAAAAAUAGAUAAAGUAUAAAGUAGUACGGCUGUUGCAAAGAUAUUUUUAAGUGCUUUCAAAUCUGAGACUUGGCUUGGUUUCUGAAUGAGUUUCUAGUGUUUAAAUAAAGUAUUUUGUAAUUAGCACUCCUCCAAAGCCCUGGGAAAGAAAAAGCCUGUCCAAAAAUCUGGUUUUAUUUAGAGUGCCAGGAAGUCAAAGAGCACCAGGACCAUCUAGGCAAUUAAUGGUGGCAAAAAUAGACACAUGUUUUGCAAGUUUUCCCAGGAAAAUCUGCUCAGGGCAGCAUUUGUUAACCUAAUUGCCAGUACUCCCACUCCUAUAGACUGGCUGCUUUUACAGUGGGGAAAAUAAAUCUAUAUUUGUUUAGUUAAUUUGAAAAGAUCCCUAAGCCCAGGUUGUAUCACCGAUGAAAAGUUAAAAAAUUAUUAAUUUGAUUAUAUAUUUUUAUUAUAAACUGCUAAACCUUGUAAUGGUUGAAGACUAUCAAGUGUUUGCUAUACAAUGGCUAGAUGUCAGUUUAUCUCCUAUAUGUUGACACCCUGGGACUUGUUUCCAGUUUAUUUCUAAUAAGAUAAUAUCUCACAUCAUCUAUAUAGUGUGAUACAAGCCAUGUCAACUCCCAACCCUAGAUACAGCACAUUCCAAUUCCCAACCACUGAAGAAAAGGGGUUAUUUGUUGUUGUGGCUGUUGUUGCCAUUGUUGUUAUUUAACUGUUUGAUUUAAACUCAAUCCCACAUCCUUUCUACAAAUACCAUUUGUGAGAAAACCACAUUGUAUCUGUUUUAAUAAUACUGUGCAGAAACACCUCCUUACCAUCUCUUGUGUUUUCUUUACCCUUUUGGAAUGAAUCUCAGAUGACAUGAUGGCAUGGUAAUAUUAGUAAACUAUUUUUCCUUUGAUUAUUCUGUUAAUUUUUAUGUAAGUUGUGAUAACAAAAUAAAAACCUUGAAUUGGUCAAAAACAUCUUUUCUAAUCUUCCAGUGAAGAGACUUAGAUAAAUUUCCCCUUUGGUUCUGUUCUUCCACUCGACCUUAUAUAGCCAUAAAGAUACAGCCAAGAAAUAUCAGAAUUCACCAUUGUAAAAUUAGAUAUUAACUUGUUAUUUGAAAGAAAAAUUUCAGAGCUCUGGGGCAGCAAGAACUGGAGAUACACAUGCUCUAGGAUUUCUACCAGCUUUCAGAGUUGAAUGUUGAUGCUCAUCAUCUUUGACAUUUAAUAUUGAUAACUCUUAUCCAGUUCUCCUGUUACAAGAGAGAAAGAACUGCAAGAUCCAGGCUCUGUCUCCCUUCCAUCUUCUCCAAGGAAGUCUAGUUAAAGAUUCUGCAGAGCCUUAGAGAUGCAAAAGUAAAAUCAGUCUUGAAUUAUGAGACAGAGACAAUGUGUGUGUGUGCGUGUGUAUACAUAUACAUAUAUAGUGUGUGUGUGUGUAUAUAUAUGUAU